AUGUCCCACAGCCACUCUCACGAAGGCGGCGCUUCGCAUUCCCAUUCACACGAUGGCUUUUCGGCGCAGGAGCACGGCCAUUCGCAUGAAAUCCUCGACGGUCCAGGCAGUUAUGUCGGGCGAGAGAUGCCGAUUGUAGAGGGAAGGAAUUGGUCCGAGAGGGCCUUUACCAUUGGCAUUGGAGGGCCCGUUGGCUCCGGCAAAACCGCCCUCAUGCUGGCCCUCUGCCUGGCCCUGCGGCAGAAAUACGCCCUCGCAGCCGUCACAAACGACAUCUUCACGCGCGAAGACGCCGAGUUCCUCACCCGCCACGCCGCGCUCCCGCCGCAGCGCAUCCGCGCCAUCGAGACGGGCGGCUGCCCGCACGCCGCCGUCCGCGAGGACAUUUCCACCAACCUCGCCGCCCUGGAGGACCUGCACGGCCAGUUCUCCACGGACCUGCUGCUCAUCGAGUCGGGCGGCGACAACCUGGCCGCCAAUUACUCCCGCGAGCUGGCCGACUUCAUCAUCUACGUGAUUGACGUCAGUGGUGGCGACAAGGUCCCCCGGAAGGGCGGCCCGGGAAUCACGCAGAGCGAUUUGCUCGUGGUGAACAAGACGGAUCUGGCCGAGGCCGUGGGCGCGGACCUGGGCGUCAUGGAGCGGGACGCGAGGAAGAUGAGGGAAGGGGGCCCGACCGUCUUCGCACAGGUCAAGAAGGACGUUGGGGUUGACCACAUUGUCAAUCUGAUACUGAGCGCGUGGAAGGCCAGUGGCGCCGAGGAGGAGAGGGUGCAGCAGGGAGGGCCGAGGCCGACUCCUGGCUUGGACGGCUUGGACGGAGGUAAAUCUGGAUAG